UUGCUGUGUGUGGCGGUGAGUGUAACAGCCCGGCGGCUUUUCUGCGUUAGUUUUCUCCAUCGAUUCAGCAGUGCGGUGGGAAGGGAGCAGGACCGGGGUGAGGCGUCGUCCUGUCGCUCUCUCCGCGCCACAGCCAUUUCCCGUCGGCCCCCACGCCCCUCCGCCUCUACGGAAGGCCAUCGCAGCCUCAGCUUUGGGGAAAUCGCUGCAGUUUACAAGCAGAGCCUCCAGAGCAGAGUAUUAGCAGGACUAUGGCAGCCCAGGAAGCCAGUCCAGGCAGCCAAUCAGAGGAGAGCUGUGUUUUGGAUCUACCAUCAGCUUAUGACCUAAGAGAUUAUGUGCUGCCUCCCAGCCAGGAGGCCAGCAGUGAGUCUCUUAGCUCCGUGGGAUUCAAUUCUUCAUCCUGCUCUUCUGAUGUCCAUGCAGGUAAUAAGCAGAGUUUGAAACAAACUAACAUGAAAACAAUAACAGCAACUCUAGCCAGGUGUGUGACAGUUUGUUUCUUCCUCUUCCAAUGAAGAACUCAUAAGAAUGAUUCUUGUCUUACUUAGAAAAACAUCUUAACCCAAGCCAAACUGUGGGGAGAAACUUCAAAACACAGCCUUCCUGGUGUAACAGU